GCUGUCCCCAACACGUUCUCCCUGAUCUUUGCCUGUACCUGCGGGGUGAUCCUGGGCAUCGGUUUCUGUGCCAACCUACUGGUGUUCUCUCUGUUCGCCAAGUACAACACCCUGAGGAAGAACCGGCUGGACAUCCUGCUGCUCAGCAUGGCUCUGGCAGACUCCCUCACCCUGCUGCUGAUACCAUUCACCUUGCACUCUGCCGUCAGGUAGCAAACCUCUUCUCGGGGACCCCUAUAUGUGCCAUGUAUUCAAUCUAAGCUAUUAAAUACGUAGCACACCUGAUUCACCUUGUAGUCUAAUCAUCACACCCUUGACUAGUUGAAUCAGGUGUGCUAGUUUACUCAACUGUCAGGUAGCCUAGCCAAUAGCCAUAGAGGUUAGAGAGGGGCCACUGGGCCUGGAGUGUUGCCAGCAGAUCAAAAUCCAGGUUUGACAAACAGAGGAAUCUUGCGGGAUGUGAGCACUGUGUUUGUCUCUGAGGAUUUGGGAUAAAAGCAGAAGCAGGAUUUCCAUUUCUCUUUGACUGUGACAAUAACCUCAUAAUCUUUCAUCAGCUCCUUCUAUCUUCUUCUUCAGCUACUCGUGGCCGCUGGGGGACACCUCCUGCAAGGUGUACCAGUUCUUUCUGGCCUUCUCCCUGGCAGCCAGCACCUACAGCCUGUGUGCCGUGUCCAUGACACGGGCCAUGAUCAUCACCAACCCCUACCACCCUCCUACCAUGGACCUGGUGGUCCUGAUGUUCGUCUUGGUCUGGGCAUCAGCCUUCUUCAUCAGCCUGCCUCUAAGGAUCUUCGCCACCAAGGAGAGCCUGGGCCCCGGCUUGGGUAAUUUUUCAUUCUGCCUGCCCACCAUACAGGAACACCACUAUCAGGUAACAAUGGCUUGGUCUGAAAUUGUACUCUGUUUGCUAAGUAGGGCACAACUUUUGACCUGGUCUACUAUAGGGAAUAGGGUGCCAUUUGAGAUGCACACAAUGUGUAACAAAAGGCCUUAUGUUUAGUUCAAAGAAUGUCACUGGAAGUAACCAGGUCUGUAAAUUUUUUUGUACUGUUAUUUUCAUUUGCUAAAACAAAAUGGUGUCCAAUUAAUGUGAGAAGAAACAACAUUUUCAAUCCAUUCAUCUAUCCAUCCCUCCACCAGGUGGUCCUCAGCCAGUUCAUGCUCUACUACUUCGUCCCCAUGCUGGUGAUCGCCUUCAACUACGUCCGGCUUGCCUGCUUCCUCCACAAGAGCCCAGUCAUGUCUGUGGCCAGUGCCCGCAACACACGCCGAGCCUCCCUCAUGGUGUUCCUGGCAGCCGGGACCUUCUCCAUCUGCUGGCUUCCCGGGUAUGAUGAUGAUGAUGAAGAUGAUGAUGACUUUAUUGUAUACGUUAGGAAAUUAUUUUUCAUAGUGAGUAAGUGUUCUUCUAACACUUCUAGUUUAUACCUCUUCUCCUGACUCGUCUUCAUUCUUAGGUACAUCCUGGAGCUGUGUGUGUACCUUGAGCUCUACCGCCACGGCCAGUCCUGGGAGAUGUUCUACUUCAUCUGCACAGUCCUCCAGUACCUCCACCCCUGUGUUAACCCCGUGCUCUACGUGCUGCUGUCCAAGAGGUACCGCCACCGCAGGGGUUCCUGGUUGUUUAACUGCAACAGGAAUAGGGUGCAGCCGCAGAUUGUCAGCAUCACUACAGAGACUAUGUAG